CCUGGUCAAACCCGCUGCUCCACUGCACCCUCGCUGUGGCACAGAGCUGAUCUGUUAUUAAUUCUGUGUCAGCGCACUAAAAACUACACUAGGAAACCAUUGGUAACCACAUGGCUUUGGCAAAGGUCAUCUGUGCGUGUGCCCAUUGCAAUGCUUACAUGGAGUACAAAGCGAGCGAGAGCUCUCAGGGAUCUCAGACAAACUUUUGAACCGUAGAUAUAUGUGAACUUCUACUGCAAGGAUGGAGGGAACACUGUCUUCAUCACCCAGCUAUGUGUCUAUGAAGACUGACCGAUCCAAGGAAGAGCCACUUAACUUUAGCUGGAAAAUUUCUACACCCUGUUUAAGUGAGCAGUUCUGCAGCAGAGAUGACCUGUCCAUCAGUGCAAAUGAGCCCAAGGAUCUGCUGUCCAUUACCUGUGGGCACAGUGUGUGCUGGCAGGGCCUCGGUGGCCACUGGGAUCAGUCUGAUGCUGCAGUGUCUUAUGCCAGUUUAGAGUACAGCACAGAGUUCAGCCCCCAUCCUGUAAAGUACCCUCACACACACCUGUCUGGGUCCGUGUCCACUUCUGCUCUUCUUGCUUAUUGCCGCGCUGGAUCUGGAGACGUGAACUGUGAUUUAUGCAUUGAGAAGCUGGAACGAGCUGUGAAAACCUGUUCGACCUGCCGUGAGUCCUACUGUGAGCCUCAUGCCAGACAGCACUUCACUGUACCAGCACUGCAGAGACACAAACUGGUGGAGCCCAGUGGAAGUACAGAAACGAAAAAGGUGACUGAGAAACCCUCAGUGGUCACAGUUCCAUUGCUGAAACCAUGUGGGCAGCAACCAUGUGAAGAUGAAGCAAUUUUCAGUGUGAACGACGAAGGUGGCGGACUGAGGAUUUUGCUGGUGGGGAAGACCGGAGCAGGGAAGAGCGCCACAGGAAACACCAUCCUGGGGAGAGACGUGUUUAAAGUGGGAUUCUCUCCAGCGUCCGUGACAAAGAGCAGCGAGAGACAAGAAGGAGAGGUGGCCAGGAGAAGAGUUACUGUGAUCGACACCCCUGGGAUCUUCAAUACUUCACUGACCGAGGAGGCGAUGAGACGUGAAAUACAGACGUGCAGAGACCUGUCUGCUCCGGGACCCCAUGUGUUCCUGCUGGUCAUCAGACUAGGGAGGUUCACAGCUGAAGACAGGAAUGCUGUGAGAUGGAUCCAGGAGAACUUUGGAGAAGAAGCCUCAUGCUAUACAAUGGUGCUCUUCACUGGAGGAGAUCAGCUGGAUAAACCAAUCCAAGAGUUUCUGAGUCACAGUUCUGAGCUUCAGAAGAUCAGUAGUAGCUGUGGAGGUGGAUUUCAUGUCUUCAACAAUAAAGAAAAGAGCAGAGACAGUCAGGUGACAGAGUUACUGGAUAAUAUGGACAGGAUGGUGGAGACAAAUGAAGGUGCUUAUUACAAUAAGGGCUGGGCUACGAAAAAGUCGAGGAAUAAAAAAUGGAGCUUGAUUAAUUUUUUAAUGAAGAAUCACAAAUUGAGGACAAGAAACAAAUGAUGUGCAUGUAAAUUUUUAUCUGAGGAAAUUUUAGUGUAUAAUAACAGUCAAAAGUUGAAGUAUGCUGGUUUAUUUAUACUGUAGCAAAGCUUGUAUAUUUCCUUCUUCUGCAUGGAGACUUCUCUCUGUAGACUGUAUAUUUUUCCGUAUGUUCACUUUAUGUAUGAUUUGCACUAGUUGUUGUGAUGUAACUGUACAGCAGCUUACCGAACCUGAGGAUACUCGUGAAACAAAAUUAAA